CGUCUCCCAGAAGAAAACACAAACCAAGACUCUGACUGCUCUCUGUGUCCCAUCUCCAUAAUCGCUAAUAAUGGAACAGUGUUUCUGUGUCUCCAAAUCUUCUUCUUCUCUCCUGUAAAUAAUCCAUGUCGCUCCUCAAUGCCCUAACCCUAGGUUCGAUGCCGACCACCGGCGAGUUCGUGCUCCGGACGGAGGACAUUGAAUUCGGAUCGCUCUGGUGGUUUGUUUACGCCGGAGUGUCGUGCUUUCUCGUGCUCUUCGCUGGAAUCAUGUCGGGGCUCACUCUCGGCUUGAUGUCUCUCGGCCUUGUUGAGCUCGAGAUUCUCCAGCGGAGCGGGACGUCGGCGGAGAAGAAGCAAGCCGCUGCUAUCCUACCAGUAGUUCAAAAGCAACACCAGCUUCUUGUGACCUUGCUUCUUUGUAAUGCUUGUGCCAUGGAGGCCCUUCCUAUAUACCUUGACAAAAUUUUUCAUCCCUUUGUUGCUAUUUUGCUAUCUGUAACUUUCGUUCUAGCUUUUGGAGAGAUUAUUCCACAAGCCAUAUGCACAAGAUAUGGACUCUCUGUGGGUGCAAAUUUUGUGUGGCUGGUGCGCAUUCUGAUGAUCAUUUGUUAUCCAAUUGCUUUCCCUAUUGGAAAGGUUCUAGAUGCUGUUCUCGGACACAAUGAUGCUUUGUUUAGGAGAGCUCAGUUGAAAGCUCUGGUCUCGAUCCACGGUCAGGAGGCUGGUAAGGGGGGUGAACUCACGCAUGAUGAGACAACUAUUAUCAGUGGGGCACUAGACUUGACAGAAAAGACUGCGGAGGAGGCUAUGACACCUAUUGAAUCAACAUUUUCCUUAGAUGUCAAUUCAAAAUUGGACUGGGAAGCAAUUGGAAAGAUUCUUGCACGGGGUCAUAGUCGCGUUCCUGUCUAUUCUGGGAAUCCAAAAAACAUUAUCGGACUCUUAUUGGUGAAAAGUCUUCUCACUGUUCGAGCUGAAACAGAGACUCCGGUCAGUGCCGUUUCCAUCCGGAAAAUUCCUAGGGUUCCGGCAGAUAUGCCUUUGUAUGAUAUCCUCAACGAAUUUCAAAAGGGAAGCAGUCACAUGGCAGCUGUAGUGAAGGUUAAAGGAAAAAACAAGAAUCCUCUGCCUAAAGGUGAUGGUGAGAGAUUUGAAGAAAACAAAGUUGCCAAUGGGAAUUCUCAAUACACUACCCCCUUGUUAGCCAACGACAAUGAUAAAUCAGAGAAUGUUGUUGUUGAUAUUGACAAGGUCCCAAAGCCUACCAAUACAAACAAGCAAACCCCUUCUCAACAAAAUGGUGCCACAACAAAUAGCUUGCCCCAUUUGCCUGAGGAUAUUGAAGAUGGGGAAGUCAUUGGGAUCAUCACCCUGGAGGAUGUUUUUGAAGAACUUCUGCAAGAGGAAAUUGUAGAUGAGACGGAUGUAUAUGUUGAUGUACAUAAAAGGAUACGUGUAGCUGCAGCUGCGGCUGCUUCAUUUGUGGCCCGUGCCCCAUCAAGUCGGAGAUUGACUGGUCAAAAGCCUGCAGGAGGCCAAAGCAGACAAGGAACCCCAAAGAAGUCUGCAGAGGAUGAUUCUUUUUGGGCCAAGUCACCUGGGAAUCUCGGGGAAACUCUUCUGGGCAGCAAGAGAUGAAUAAAUGUUUCUCCCUGGGAAAUCUAGCUGUAUCCUACUGGUAGAUCGCAUCAUCAAAACAAGCUAUUUAAAUCUGUUAUGAUUUUCCUGAGUGUAAUUUGUAAAAACCACUGCACUAAGUGUUGUUCUUGGUUUCAUUUUUCACUAGAGUUUUGAUGGCCUACAAGGCCAGUGAACAGUUUUUCCUGGGAAUGUAAAUUUUGAUGGUUGCCACUA